AUGCAAGCCCAGAUCAGGGGACUGUCGGGGCGCGAGGCGACGGCUGAAGACGAGACCGAGGAGUGUUCUAUCUGCCUCACGGCCUUUGGCAAGGGCGGGGACAUGGCAGUCUUGCCGUGCGCGCACGCCUUCCAUCGCGAGUGCAUCAGCUGUUGGCUGCUUCGAGCCGCCGAGAGUGGCACGGCGAUGACCUGCCCGCUCUGCAAGGCGCCUCCCUUUCCGAAUGCGAUGCCACUGGCCGCCAGCACGCUCUCCCACGAGCAACAACGUCCCAACGAUGAGACCAACCUCAGCCCAGAGGCCCUCGAGGCGGGAUCGAUGGCGGCCCCGCCUCCUCGCGGAAUCACCACGCUCGCAAUGUGGGAACAGCAAAAAAGCGGCAUGCAUUCGGAAACCAGAAACCAGAACCAGAACGUCGAUAAAGACAACUACACUCAAUGAGUAUGACGAGUACAAGAGAUGCGAGAGCGGAGAGAGACCGCCACCACGGGGCGUGUGGUUUGCCAGGAUUGUGCGCGUGGGCGUGCGGCGUGGAUGCUCAACGCCCGCUUACCCCUUCAGAAGCUCCCCUCCUGCCCGAUGCUGACCAGCGAAGCGUCCUCCAGCCCGGACUCUGAGUAAAAGUCGAAGCGGCCGAUGCCAUCGAUCGAGAGCGGCCGCGUGUAGUCGGACGCAAGCCGGGUCGCGAAGCGCAGGUCCAGCGCGGUGCACCACGCUGUGAUGCCCGAGGUGACGGUGCGUGGCGGAGGCGACAACUCCGUCUCCCCGACGGCGCGCAUGAGCAUCACGAGGCCGACGCCGAAUGUGUACGUGUACUUGAGACUGCCCUGCGCCGCCGCAAUCUGUCGAAACUCCUCCGUCGCCAGCAGCUGCUGCCUGUCCAGUCCGGCGGCCUCCUCGCAGAGCGAAGCAGCGUCCGCCCACACCGCCGCCUGAUCGAGCCCGAGUCCCACGCAGAGCGCCGCGCGGGUCGCCGCCUCGUCAGCGGCGGUGCGGCAGGAGCCGCGCAGAAACGCGUCGCAGAGCGAGCGGAAGCCGACGGCGUAGACGCGAGAGUACCUCCAGCGGAAGACGCAGGUGCGGUCCUCGACGAUAAAGUUGAGGAACUUUUGCGUCGCCGCCGAGACAGCGACCGUGUACCGCCCGCCGAAGGACGCGCGCAGCGCCUUGUGUGCGUCGCUGGCCGUCGCUGGCACGACCAGCUGUGCGGCCGUCGAGCCUGUGGCCGUCGAGCCGGCUGCAGCAGGAGCGCUGACACCGGCCACCGCGGCGGCGGCCGCCGCCGUUGGCGGCGGCGGCGCGAACACAGCGGCCACCGCCUGCGAGACGCCGCCCUCUAUCUGCGCCUGCGUGGCACCUCGAGAGGCGAGGUCCUGCACGAGCAGCAGGAGACGCUGCCGCGCCUCGAUCCCGAUGCCGAGCUUUGGCUCCGCAGCCUGCGGUGGCGACGACCGCAGCGGCGGCACCACCGGUCGCAGCAGUGGUGCCGGCCGCAGCAGCAUCGGGCAGGCGGGCGAGACUGCGGCGAGCACGACGAGGCAGCUGAUCCGCAUCGAUGCUGGAGCGCCUAGUUGCCGCGAUGGAGGCACGGCUAGUUGCCGCG